CCCCCAAAUAAAACCCCAUUAGCUUAGCAAAACCUAUCCCCAGCAAACUCUCCUAUCCCUCCUCUUCUCCCAUCUCCCUAGGUUCAUUUCCAUCAACCCUCCUCUCUCUCUCUCACGCACACAUGUACAAAGUGUCUCCCCUUUGUUCCAAUGGAGUAUAUUCCUUCUGAUGAACUUUUGGGCAUUGUGGUGCCCAUUAUGGUCUAUUGGACUUAUUCGGGCAUCUAUAUGAUGUUUGGCUCCCUUGAAAAAUAUCGGCUGCAUUCAAGGAAAGAUGAAGACAUCAAGAAUCUAGUAUCCAAGCGUGAGGUAGUCAAUGGGGUUCUUCUUCAGCAACUGGUGCAAGCCACUGUUGCAUUCCUUGUUUUCAAGGUUGGUAAAAAUGAUAGUGAACCCACCUCAACUAUUGAAACUUCACUCAUCGUGCUAGCGAGGCAGUUCUUCAUUGGCAUGUUCGUCAUCGACACAUGGCAAUACUUUUGGCACAGGUACAUGCACUGCAACAAGUUUUUAUACCGUCACGUUCACUCAUGGCACCACCGGCUUGUUGUCCCCUAUGCCUUUGGAAGCCAGUAUAACCAUCCACUGGAGGGCCUCAUCUUGGACACUCUCGGAGGAGCCCUAGCUUUCUUGAUAUCAGGAAUGACUUCUCGGACGUCCACCUUCUUUUUCUCCUUCGCCACUAUCAAAGGCAUCGACGACCAUUGUGGGCUAUGGCUUCCUGGGAACAUAAUCCACAUAUUCUUUUGGAACAACACUGCAUACCAUGACGUCCACCACCAACUGUAUGGCAACAAGUACAACUUCUCACAACCUUUCUUCGUUACAUGGGACAUAAUUCUCGGAACCUACAUGCCUUAUGCGCUCGAGAAGAGAGCCAGUGGCGGUCUAGAAGCACGGCCAAUUAAACUAUAGCACGGAUCAUUAACUGAGAGCCUGCUUGUAUGAUAUGAUUUGGUUUUUGUGCAUUAUAAUCCCUGUCAGAUUCAGUAUCGUAAGCUGGGUAGAAAAACGUUCACAAUUCAGUGUU